AUGGCGGUCGAUCUCGCCGGAAUCUCGCCGGAGAUGGUGGGGACGGGGGCCGGAGCUCAAGGGAGAUCGGCGGCGAGUCGGGGUCGCCGGAUCCGAUGGCUCCUCCGGCGAGGCUGGACGGAGGGCGACGUCGGGGCUCCAUCCCCGUGCAGAUCUAAGGUCGGGGGCGGCGGCUUGGCAACUCCGGCGACGGAGCUCACCGGUAGGAGGCGGGACGGCGAGCAGGGGAUGGCCUCCAGCGGCUGGAGAGCUCCGGGCGGCGGCGGAUCUGCGAGGCGGGGCGGCGCGGCAAAGGCGGGGUCCGGCGGGGAAGCAAGGAGGAGGUCCGGCGGGGGUUUUGCUGCUUUGGCGAGGUCGCACCAGCGAACAUCGGCGGCGAGCGGGCGGCGGAGCACGGAGCAAUGGGCGGCGGCGCUAGGGCGGAGGCGGCGGCGCUAUGGCGGAGGCGGCGGUGACCCGGCUCGGGCUGGCGGCGGUGGUGAGGUGGCGGCGCUGGAUUGGCUGCGGAGGCGGGGCUACUGA